AUGCGUAAUCGACUCCAAGCUUGCUCCUUCAAGAACUCAACUUAUUCACACUUAUUCAAUAAUGCACUCACCUUAAAUAAAACCAGAUCAUGUGAAUCUCAGGAAUGUGGAUACGCUAACAAAAAAAUGCUCUAUGUCUCUACUAUCCUCCCCACUUUUCAACCUUACUAGCAUAUCAUCUCAAAACUAAAAGAUCAGAAUCUCAAAUUGCAACAACGGAAACAAAUCAAAAUGAGAAAUAAAAGACAUUUGUAAUAAAAAAAGACCCUCAAUGAAAUCAUGUAAAAACAAGACCAACAACCAAAAAAAAGAACCAAUAGACACCACAAUACUGUAUUUUACAAUCACUAAGCAAGUAUGCCCAUUCAACCUAAUAUAUGUUCUAAUGAAUCUAGUUAAAACCCCUCCAAAGAAAAUUCAAGACACUCUAUACAAUUGCACAGGUACAAUUCACUUUCACCUCGGAAACUUUACCUAGAUAAAAGGACUACUAAAUUAUAAACCUUUUCACAAAGAUUAAAAACUUUCUACUUACCAAUUACCGCUCCCUUUGAUUGUUAAACAAUUAUGAGAUUGGAGAUGAUUGAAGAUGGAAGAGCAAAAGUCAUUAAGCAAUAGGGUUCUCAGGACGAUUUUGAAGUUAACUUAAGAUUGUAUAAAUUUGAAGAUGACGAUAAAAAUGCGGAAGAUCAAGGAAAAGAUCAACAAAUAAAACUACCUACGUUGCAUUAGGAAGAGGACGAAGAGGAUGAUUCCAGUAAUGAUGACAAUCUUGGUAACUUAAAACAGAUGACGAACAAUAAUUAAAAAUCAGCUUAUAAAAACAUUUUAAAAUUCAAUAGACGCAGUCUCCAAAGCCUGAUAGACAAGUAAUAAUUGGGAGAGAGCAGAAUCAAGGAAAUUUUGACGACUGAGUAUAGUUAGAGAGCUAUCACGGCUAAUUUAUCCCCCAUCAGUAAUUGCAAUAAUGGGUUUUCCCCAUUGCCAUCCCUCAAACUCUUAGAUGAAAAAAGAAAAAGACCCCUUCAUAAGCUGCUUCCCUUGGAUCUCAAACCAGUCUGUCCAUUUUCAUUCAGAAAUCUGAUGCCCAUUUCCAAUAUCUCUCCGUCUACAUAAUCCACAAAAAAUAGUAUUGCCAAAAAGACACUUUCGAGAAACAUCAUUAAUGUGAAAGGGAAGAAACACAAGAAAAACAUUACGUUUGGAUAAUUGCUGAUUAAAGUUUGA